CAGCUGCUGCAGCCAGGCAUGUAAAUAUUUGUGCCAGUUGUGUUUGGAGGGCUCUGGCUGGGUGUUCUCCCUGUGAGUAUUCUCUGGAGUUUGUGGCCAAGCUGAAGCUCCCAGGCCGGGCUGCUUUGCGUAAGCCCGGCGGAGGCGUGGAGUAAGGGGGGAGUAACCGGGGAGUAGCCAGAGUGUCCAGGGCUGCCUCCUGCCCCGCCUCGUGUAACCGUGGGCUGGGACUGGGCACGGAGCAGUUACACAAUGGGGAAGUAUAAAAAGAGGGUAAAAGUGCUCCUGGGGGAUGGAUGUCUGCAUCCUCCAGGCUGCUGUGCCCUCGACUGCAGGAGCUGCCUCCGAGAGCUUGGUGCAGGAGCUGUUGAUGCAAAUGACACCCUGAUGUCCCAGCUGGAUUACUGAGCUCCUGUGUGAUUCCUGGAGCUGCUGCUGUUGGAGUAAGGAGCUGUCCUUAGUUCUUGGCCUGUCCCAGGAGCACCUCCUGGGUGCUGCAUGCAAGUCCUGGACGUGCUGGAAACGAUGGGGAUUGGCAAGAACACCACGGCCAAAUCGGUGGAGGCAGGAGGCUCCACAGAGGGGAAAUACGAGGAUGAGUCCAAACACCCCACCUUCUUCACCCUGCCUGUUGUGAUAAAUGGUGGAGCCACAUCCAGUGGUGACCAAGACACAGAGGACACAGAGCUGAUGGCCAUCUACACUACAGAGAAUGGCAUAGCAGAAAAGAGCUCCCUGGCAGAGACCCUGGACAGCAGUGGCAGUUUGGAUGCCCAGAGGACUGACAUGAUUUACACCAUUGAAGAUGUUCCUCCCUGGUACCUCUGCAUAUUUCUGGGCUUGCAGCACUACCUGACGUGUUUCAGCGGGACCAUCGCCGUGCCCUUCCUGCUGGCCGAUGCCAUGUGCGUGGGCUUUGACCAGUGGGCCACCAGCCAGCUCAUCGGGACCAUCUUCUUCUGUGUGGGCAUCACCACCCUGCUGCAGACCACCUUUGGCUGCAGGUUACCCCUGUUCCAAGCCAGUGCUUUUGCAUUCUUAGCACCUGCCAGAGCAAUUCUCUCUCUGGAGAAGUGGAAGUGCAAUAACACAGAUGUAACAGUUACCAAUGGAACAGCAGAGCUGCUGCACACGGAGCACAUCUGGUACCCCCGGAUACGAGAGAUCCAAGGUGCCAUCAUCAUGUCCUCGCUGAUCGAGGUGGUGAUCGGGCUGCUGGGGCUGCCCGGGGCUCUGCUGCGCUACAUCGGCCCCCUGACCAUCACCCCCACCGUGGCCCUCAUCGGCCUCUCGGGCUUCCAGGCUGCAGGGGAGCGAGCUGGCAAGCACUGGGGCAUCGCCAUGCUGACUAUUUUCCUAGUAUUGUUGUUUUCUCAGUAUGCCAGAAAUGUCAAAUUUCCCUUGCCCAUUUAUAAAUCCAAGAAAGGAUGGACAGCAUACAGGCUGCAGCUUUUCAAGAUGUUCCCUAUCAUCCUGGCCAUCCUGGUGUCGUGGCUGCUGUGCUUCAUCUUCACGGUGACAGACGUGUUCCCCCCGGACAGCUCCAAGUACGGCUUCUACGCGCGCACGGACGCGCGCCGGGGCGUGCUGCUGGUGGCCCCCUGGUUCAAGGUGCCCUACCCCUUCCAGUGGGGGCUGCCGACCAUCUCGGCCGCGGGGGUGAUCGGGAUGCUGAGCGCCGUCGUCGCCAGCAUCAUCGAGUCCAUCGGGGAUUACUACGCCUGUGCCAGGCUGUCCUGUGCUCCUCCUCCUCCCAUCCAUGCCAUCAACAGGGGGAUUUUCAUCGAGGGUCUGUCCUGUGUUCUGGAUGGAGUGUUUGGGACAGGGAAUGGAUCCACCUCUUCCAGCCCCAACAUUGGGGUCCUGGGCAUCACAAAGGUUGGGAGCCGCAGGGUGAUCCAGUACGGAGCAGCCUUCAUGCUGCUGCUGGGCAUGGUGGGCAAGUUCAGCGCCCUGUUCGCCUCGCUGCCCGACCCCGUGCUGGGGGCUCUCUUCUGCACCCUCUUUGGGAUGAUCACGGCCGUGGGUCUGUCAAACCUCCAGUUCAUCGAUCUGAAUUCUUCUCGGAAUCUCUUCGUGCUCGGGUUUUCCAUUUUCUUUGGGCUCGUCCUCCCGAGCUAUCUCAAGCAGAACCCCCUGGUCACUGGAAUAGCAGGCAUUGAUCAGGUGUUGAACGUCCUGCUCACCACAGCCAUGUUCGUCGGGGGCUGCGUCGCCUUCAUCCUGGAUAACACCAUCCCAGGAAGCCCUGAAGAAAGGGGAAUACGGAAAUGGAAGAAAGGGGUUGGUAAAGGAAGCAAAUCCCUGGAUGGCAUGGAAACAUAUGAUCUGCCUUUUGGCAUGAACUUCAUUAAAAAAUAUAGAUGUUUCAGCUUCUUGCCCAUCAGCCCCACCUUCAUGGGAUACACGUGGAAAGGCUUCAGGAAAAGCAGUAACUGCAGGAGUUCAGAUGAAGACUCAGAAGCUACAGUAUAGCCUUAGCUGAAAUUAUAUUAUCUAGUUGUAGUCAAAGAUGUAUUUGCAGUUUCUUGCUGAUUAAGAAGCAUUAAAAUCUAUGUUUUGUAUAUCUGCAUUUAAAUUCUGGAACCAGAGCUGAGACGGAUUUAAAAAAAA